AUGACCCUGCUCAAGCUGUCCCUUAUGGCCUUCAGCUUCGUCUUCUGGGCAGCGGGGCUGACCAUGCUCGUCAUCGGCCUCUGGGCCAAGGUGUCUCUGGGCAGCUACCUAGCACUGUCGGCCAGCGACUAUCCCAGCGCCCCCGCCAUCCUCUUAGCCACCGGCGCUGCCGUCAUCAUCUGGGGCUUCCUGGGAUGCUUCGGCGCCGCCACGGAGCACCGGGGGCUCCUGCGCGCCUACAGCGCGUUCCUGACGGCCGUGCUGGUGGCCGGGCUGGCGGCCGGGCUCUCCGCGCUGCUGUACCGCCAGACCCUGGCGCAGGGCUUCCAGGACGGGCUGCGCCAGGCGCUGCUGGCAUAUGGGGAGGACGAGAGGGUGGCGGACAGCCUGGACGCGCUGCAGCGUGCCUUGUCCUGCUGCGGGGUGCUCAGCUACCGCGACUGGCUCGCCUCGCCCUGGGGGCUGGAGCAGAACGGGUCGGUGCCGCUCAGCUGCUGCCGGGCCCGCCGGGGUUGCCAACGCAGCCCUCCCGACCCUCGCAGGCUGCACCGCGACGGCUGCUUCGCCAAGGUGUCGGCCUUCGUCGGCAGCAACAUGUCCUAUGUUGCCACCGCUGCCCUGGGGCUGGCACUGCUGCAGCUCAUCGGCAUUGUGCUGGCCUGCUUGCUGGCUACCCGCGUCUCUGCUGGCCUGCUGGGCACCACCACCCCUCGCUGA